UUCACUGCCUUUCAAGGUUUGUUUGUUUGUUUUUAGCACAAUGUCAGCGAACUGCAGCUUGCAGUGUCCUCAGCAAAGCGCCCGACUCCUACGGAGGAGGUUUCCUGCACAAAAAGUAAUGACAAAGCAAUGGUUUCAUCCCGGGGAUGUGAAACAUGCAUGGAUAAAUUUUAUCCAGAAGGUCAACAACUUUUAACUUUCAGCUGUUCAAAUCCAAGCUGCUUUCCCAGGAAGUUCAGCUGUGGGUGGCUCACGAGGCUGCAGGCGCUUCGGCCAAGGAGCUGCAAGAGGUUGCUCCACACUCCACUGACCAGGCUCUAUGCUCCUCAGCUCCUCAGCUCAUCCGUGUUCCACUGCUCUAUGCUCCAUGAUCCACUGUCCAUGCUCCGUGUUCCAUUGCUUCUUGCUCCACUGUCCAUGCUCCGUGUUCCAUUGCUUCUUGCUCUACUGUCCAUGCUUCGUGUUCCAUUGCUUCUUGCUCCAUGCUCCACUGUCCAUGCUCUGUAUUCCAUUGCUUCUUGCUCCAUGAUUCACUGUCCAUGCUCCGUGUUCCAUUGCUCCAUGCUCCACUGUCCAUGCUCUCUGUUCCAUCGCUUCUUGCUCCAUGCUCCAUUCUCCAUGCUCUGUAUUCCAUUGCUUCUUGCUCCAUGCUCCAUUCUCCAUGCUCUGUACUCCAUCGCUUCUUGCUCCAUGCUCAACUGUCCAUACUCUCUGUUCCAUCGCUUCUUGCUCCACGCUCCACUGUCCAUGCUCUGCGUUCCUCUGCUCCGUGCUUGGUGCUCCACCGCUGCCUCCUCACUUGCAGCUUUCUGACUGUAUUUAAAAACUAAGGAAAACAUUCCCUGUCAGGGAAUUACCAUCUUCACGCAGUGGCACUUGGGAAUAUCAUAAACACCCAUAUUGGUUUGUAGGGCUGACGACGGUUCCUUGCGGCUCACACAGCGAGCAGGGCAGCGUGGCCGGGCUGUGCUGUCGGCACCUGGGAAAUAUGGGAUUCAGGAAGGGAUUUGGGCUUCCCAUCAGUGCCUCGAUUCCUCCCAAAGCUCUUCUUGCAGUUGGGAGCCUGAGUUGCUGUCAGCCCUCUCUUUGGCCGCGGGCAUCACUUGCCUGGAGCAGAGUGCAAAGUAAUAUGAGAUACCUAAAGCAAUACUCGACUUGUUUUAUUCCAUGUGUCCAGGACUGCGGAAUGGGCUCGAGCUGGGUCGCUGGCCCUGGCUUUGACCCCUGCUGUCCCUUACCUGCCAGCCCGAGCACAUAAGGCACCCUGCAAAGCUCUCCCAUUGCGUUGCAGGGGAUUGAUAAGCUCAGGAUGUGACUGAUGCAUAAGGAUCUCCCACAGAGCGAAGAUGAGAGUGGGGGAACCAGAAAGCUGUCGGCUUGGAGUCAAUUCAAGGAAUCUGCAGCCCCUCUUGGUCAGGCGCUGCCCCCCUCCCUCCGCCCGCUCCACCCCGUGGCCUCACGAACGGAAAAAUAUCUUCAACAGAAACCUCCCAGCUUCUCAUUUUCUAAUCUGCAGCAUCUGUGCCCAGCCCAGGUGCUCCUGCGGGCAAGCCUGGCCUUUCCCAGGAGCUCAGGCGUGCCGACACGCGCAGGUUGAGCCUCUCUUGCCCAUCGUGGCUCCCACCGCUGUGUAUGUGGCUCCCAUCGCCGCACAUGUGGCUUUCACUGCUGCAUAUGUGGCUUUUGCCGCUGCAUAUGUGGCUUUUGCCGCUGCAUACGUGGCUCCUGCUGCUGUGAGUCCUCCUGCCACUGCGUGCGUGGCUCCUCCUGCCGCGUACGCAUCUCCCAUUGCUGUGCGUGUGGCUCCCACCACGGCACGUGUGGCUCCCAUCGCCGUGUGCCACCACCUGGUUGGACGCAAGGAGGUGUUGCCCAGGCUGAGGGCAGUGUGGAGCAUCCCAUCCCCUACGCUUCUCACCGCGAUCCCACCUGCCUGUGGUUUGUGCUCCUUAAAGCGUGCAGCAAAUUCCUGCCAGAGAGCUCAGGUUGGGGUUUUUAGGUUGGGGUUUUUCCCCCUUUGUAGAGUUCUGGAGACGGCACAGCCCUCCUCUGCAUCCCUCAGCAUCCCUGGAGGUGAUGCUGCAUGGGCAGCCCUGGCCUCAUGUCAGGCUGGAAUAAGUGUGGUGUCAGCAGGAGCGUCAGGAUUGGGGUCCUUCUCCUGGCAGCUCCACUUUGCCAAUGUGAAGAGCACACACAGCGAGGAGCCCGAAGCACAGGGUCCCUGCAACACCCACCACGCAGGCAGCAAACGCCACCCCGGCGCACCGGGAUCAGCGGCUCAGUGAGCUCCGACAGCCCUGGCGAAAACCACUUCACCUCUUUGGUUGCAGAUGGACAUUAUUUCACCAAGGAACUGGUAGGAUGGGGUGGUUUUCUCAGGCUCCAUGGGGGCUCGGUGCCUGGGGUUCCUCCUGCCGGAUCGGGGCUGCUCCUGCACGGCUGCUCCCUCCCAGCUGCUUGCGUGAAGGGCGAAAUAGUGAAUACAAAUAUUUUCCAUGAAGAGCAAGCUUGUUUGGGUGAAAAAAAAAAAAAAGCGUUGUUUUGUCAACAUCUAAUUUUCUCUGGGAAACCAAUUUCCUGGGCAGGAGGGGUCUGGCUGGUGCUCCCGCUCCCUCCCAGGCUGCGCAGACAGCAUGGUGCAUGGUACCAUGGUUCUCAUGCUGCCCCAUGAAGCACCCACUCCUGCCCGUGCUCCGGCAGCUCCUGGCAGGGCUAACACCGCUCUGCUUGUGAUUCCGUUUUCCCCUUUUUCAUCUCUUUCUUUCUUUUUUUUUUUCUCUUGCAGUGAACAACUUUAUUUCCCACUUUGACAUUUUCCAGACCCACCUGGGAGCUUGCCUGCCAGGAGGAGAAAUGGCACAGGAGGAAAUACAUCUUCACAGCCUCGAGAGAGGAGAGGGUUGGAAUCCAGGUCUGAAAACGGCGUUGCUGCACGGUGAGCAAAGGCAGAGCAGGUUGGGCUCUGGAGAGUGUAACCCACCUCCGUCGCUCCUAUUCCUAAUGGAAAAGACACAAGAGUUGGUGUGUUUGUCCCUCUUGGACUUGGUUUGUUUGUCCCUCUUGGACUUGGUUUGUUUGUCCCUCUCGGACUGGAUGCUGAAGGCUUAGGGAUGCAGGGAACAAGUGCACCACUUCCAAAAGUCAGGGAGGAACUGCUUGGCUGCAAAAAUCCUCUUUCAUAGACUGGGGAGAGUUUUGUCUUGGGAACUGGGGGGGCUGAGAUUGGUGAGGAGCCCAGUGGCAGCCCUCACUGCCCAUCACCGUGGCAUCCUGGCACCCAGGGAGUUGGCACCCAGCACUCCCAUCUCC